AUGGCGUUUGAAACAGGCUUUUAUCAUUACAAAGGUGGUAUUUUCACAUUUUCAAAAGAUACGUGCAAAAAUAUAAAUAUAGAUCAUCAAGUGAUAUUAGUUGGAUACGGCAAAGACGAUGAAACUGGACAGGAGUACUUUAUCGCAAGAAAUACUUGGGGUACUUGGUGGGGUGAAAAUGGGGGAUUCGGUAAAAUUUCAACCGAAAAUUUAUGUAGGAUGGCACAAGAUGAUACAAAGGGUAUUUAUAACAGAAUUAUAUCUUCUAUUCUGGUAAUUGUAAACUCGAUCCAAAUUGCAAGACGUGUAAUACAAAAAACGUGGUGUGUACUAUGUGUAAAGCUGGAACAAAUAUGGAUAAAAGAGGAGUAUGUGUUGCGCCAGGACAAUACGAUUAUAAAACAGUCGAACAAUAAAGCACGAGUAUUUUUAAAUGAAAUCAAUUGA